AUGUGGCUUCAAGUAUCAAUGGUAACUGUGCUCUGCGUUUUACUGGAUUUAGCAGAAACAAUCGCUAACAACCGAGAUCUUGAAACGAUUUUUAGGGAAAGAUCUGAUGAAGAUUGGGGCGAUGCUUGGCAUAAAGAAACGCAUUCCAGGUGUAGAGAACAUUUGAUGCGCCACAUGUACUGGGCAUGCGAGAAGGACAUUUAUAGAAUAUCUCGGAGAUCAGUUCCGGAACAUCACAGGGAGAAGAAAAUUCCAGUCGCUUUUCCUUGGAUUGGUGCCGAGAUGUCCCUUCGCAUGGUUCGAUCAAGACGGUCAGCCCGCAUCAGAGGAGGCGGCGGACCGAGGGUCCCGCCUUCGAUAACCUCCGAGUGCUGCAACGCCGUGGGUUGCACUUGGGAAGAAUAUGCUGAAUACUGUCCAAAUAAUAAACGCAUCAAUCAAUUUGUCUAA